AUGGCCGGUGUCGCUACAGGCAACACAGAAGAUCCUGUCCCAGCAAAUGGCACGUUGUUGUUCGUCAACAUUACGGGACCAACCGACGGUCGCCAUAGAGAGGCUUCUGUUCAAACGAAGAUCCGACAACAUGUCAUGCGCGAUGUUACUAAAGUGCACCGCAAGCUACCUCGAAAGCGCCGCUCCAGGUUGGAUACCGCCGACCUCCUGAGUAAGGGCGAUUCGAGGGAUAAGACAAACAAUGCAGUCAUAUUUAGCGCUAGUUCGCACAAAGGUCACCCUGAGAAAAGAAAAGAUGAUGAGAAGGCGGCUGGCACCACUGGAUCGCGCAAUAUUUCUCUAGGAAAAGCCCCUGCGGUAAUAAUUCCUGCUACUGAGAAUAACGAGACCGCUUUGAAUAUCUCCAAUGAGCAUUUGUCAGAGUGCCAGAAGCACACGGCUCUUCAAAGUCUUGCUGUUGAACAGCAUCCCCUCUCUGCGUUGUAUCGAGGAUUGGUGGGCACGAGUAAACUCCCGGCUUACAGUUUGGCAUAUGCUGUAAUGCGGAAUGUCAAACCUGAUCAUGCACCUGGUAGAAGCUUCCUGUUUCCGUUCGCCUUCGGAGACGCGCCUUUCUCUGAAAAGGUCCUCACCGGUCGACGUAUGCGAGAGAUAGUCCGCUUGAGUCCAGAGCAAAGUAUCACAGUGGCACUCAAAGGGUUCACUGAUGUGUUGAGCCGUAUUAGAAACAGAUUAGCCGGCUCCAAUCUAAAGGUAGCCUUAUCCGAUGACACUGUCUUGUCUGUUAUUGACUCUAUCUGUUACAAUUUUGCAUGGGAAGAUUUGAGUCAAGUGACAUGCCACUUUGAUGGCUUGCACGUCAUGGUGAAAUGUAGAGGUGGAUUAUCCAGUUUCUCGAAACAGCCAGAUAUUCAACUAAUGAUUAUUUGGAUUGAUGUAACAGCGGCUCUGAUAUUUGAGCAAGAUCCACGAUUUACUCUACCAACCGAUUUUGUCUCUGUCCACCGUCACUCUGAAAUGUCUGAAACAAUUUGGGAUCUAUUGAACCUGGUCAGGGAGCUUGAGUCAUAUGCUGCACAUAGAGCACUCUUCGAUGCAUUGACAGAAGCCACUUGGAUUGCAAAAAGUGCCGGUGUCACUGGUAUCUCCGCAGCAAUAGGCUCAACACGCGGGCUGUGGACUUUCACAGCCGGUAUGGCGGAUUUGCACAGCCAACAACCAAUCGAGCUGUCCCAUAUCUUUGGGAUUGGCAGUAUUACCAAAUUAUUCACUGCUGUCGUUAUUUUCCAGCUUAUUGAAGAAGGUAAACUGCGAUUAUCAGAUACAGUCGGCCAGCUAUUAGAUCCAGAAAUAUACAAGAAUAUCGACAACGCCGCGGAAGCAACCAUCACACUCCUUCUAACCCACCAUACCGGUAUUGAUAAUUGGGAAGAUGACCCUGAAUGCAUCAGGGCUAGUCGUGGCAGCGAACUAGAUCCAGCUCACAAAUGGAGCAAAAGCGAGCCUCUAGAUUAUCUCCGGCGUCCCAGGCUGACGGCUCCAGAACGUGGUAACUACUACUAUUCCAAUGCCAACUACGAGCUUCUGGGCUUCAUAAUUGAGAGUAUCACUCAAAACACCGCAGAGGUAGAAAUCCGUCGAAGAAUUAUAGAGCCGCUUGCCAUGGAGCACACUUUCCUGGAGGUAUUCGAAUCCAAGAGCAAGGGCGACAUACCACGAAGAUACCACUUUGCUACGGAAUCGUAUCGCAAAACGGCAGCCAUGAAUCCUGCCUUGCCAGAGGUUGAUGACGGCAGACUUAUAGACUGCACCGCAUCCAACCUAUCAGUUGAAUGGGUAGCCGGUGGCAUCCUUUCAUCGCCCUCUGAUCUUGUCAAAUUGGCGACUGCUCUCCGCGAUGGCAGACUUCUCAGUAGAGAGUCCUUAGCAACAAUGAAGAUGUGGCGGCCAACUACAAAUGCGGCCUCUGAAAUAGGCCAUUGUCUCUUCAAAAUGAAAGAUUCUGAGGAAAACACAUGGCUGGGCCACUUUGGCGGCGUCUUGGGCUUUACAGGAGCUCUGUGGUGGAAAGACGAUGGCGAUUGCGUGUUAUCGGUAUUAUCUAAUGUUGGGACAAUGCAUGCUGGCAAGGUGCCGACCAGUGGAGCUCAUGUACUCCUGGAGACUAAGUUGCGAGAGAUUGCCAUUCAGUUGGCAUCUGUAGGAAAGACGUCGUCGUUAUAGCUUGCCUUCAUGCUCUCUGCUUUAUCUAGUUGUCGCAAGUUUAACAGCGUUGCUAUUAUGCUUCUAAGAUCUGAUGAUGGCUUGGCUAGUCCAUGUUUA